AUGCCGUGUCCUGGCAUCGGAGGCUUGAAGGAAUCUGGGGAAGGCCGCCAUCGGGCUAUUCCCCUCAGAUUUGGUGGAAUUCCGGAAGUUUACACCUCACGUCGUUCAGGACCUUUUGUGUUGCCGUUUAACGGCCAUUUUGUCGGUCAGCAGGAAGCUGGUCCGACACCCCGAUCGCACACUGUCGGCCUAGCAGCAGUAAGAGCGGAGGAGCCAGCUGCUACGCCUAACCCGUCAAGGAUCAUCGUUUCUGCUCUGGCCAAGGUGGCCAUCAACACCAAGGAGCACGCUCGGACCGGAAGGUCCUAAUUCCCAAGGAGCGUUUUCCCCUCUCGGGUUGGCCAGAUUGGGCAGGUCCCAGGUCGCCCGAUUGCGCCAAGGAGGGAAGGCCUGAGAUUCCAGCUGUGCUCUACACCACCACCACCGUCGACACUGUUCCGGAGAACCGGUGUCCACCUGUACGCGAGCGCUCGCCGGCCGAGAGGAUUCGGCCAAGAAGUCGUCGUCGUCAUCAAGGUAGCAGCGGUACGUACCGGCAGCGUCUAA